AUGAGCCAGUACAGCUAUAUGGAAUUCAUGACAGCACAUGCUCGGCAAACUCUGUGGGACUUCCUAGUAAAAAAUCAAGCAAAGACUUUCAAGGCAAUGCAGCAGCAAGAACACACAAAGGUGUCCUACAUCAGUCAAGAUUGCGAAGAAAUUCCAGAAUUCCUGGGAAGAAAGUACGGCCAUAUGGCAAAAAGGCUUGAUCUUAGUUUCAACUUGUUAAGGUCACUGGAAGGACUGAAAACGUUCGGCUCCUUGGAGGAGCUGAUCUUGGACAACAACCUACUCGGAAACGACCUUCUGCUGCCCAGGUUACCCCACCUCCAUACUUUAACGCUCAACAAGAACCAAAUAACAGAAUUAGAAAGCCUUUUGGAUCAUUUGGCUGAGGUUGUGCCUUCGCUGCAGUAUCUCAGCUUGCUUGGAAACGUGGCCUGCCCGAAUGAAUUGGUCAGCAAAGACAAGGAUGAAGAUGACUACCAGAGGUACAGAUACUUUGUCCUGCACAAAUUGAGAAACCUGAAAUUUCUUGAUACUCGAAAAGUAACCAAGAGGGAGAGAGAGGAAGCCUUGGUAAGAGGUGCCUUCAUGAAAGUGGUUAAACCCAAGGAUGCUAAGGCCUCCGGUGAUGAUGCCUCCAUCUCUCCAGAGAUGCAAUAUACACCUCUGCCUUUGGGAUCCAGGGACCUCACCAAUCACAGAGGCGUUUUGGGAAAAUGCCGCUACGUUUACUACGGAAAACAUUCCGAGGGCAACAGAUUCAUCCGAGAUGACCAGCUAUAAAACACAGCGUUGCCUUGUGCCUCUUCAAUCCAUCUCGAUAAGAAGCGCAAAUUGCAUCUAGAUUUUGAGCAUGUAACUGAAGUCCUCCAGUGCCUUCUGCUGACUUUGCCGAGCCUGUCAAGAUCAUCCUUCUAUCUUAGCCUGAGUAGUCACAUAGAGAUUGACAUGAUUGCCUUUAAGCAGGGCCCAUCCACCAGCGUGACAGACAGCUGCAGCCAGGCACCCGGCCUGGCAGGAUGAGCGCCGUGAUGGAUGG